AGCGAAGAAGGCCAGGGAACACAUCACACGGGAUUAGUGCCAGGACCCAUUGAACCAAUUCAGCCUACUAAGAGAUCUCUGCGAUGCUCAGUCUGUGUUGAGUCGGGAAUGACGGAUCCUACAGCGGAUUGUUCGUCUAACGCUCCAGCCGUCUGCCCCGCUGAUCACGAAUAUUGCCUUACCAAACAAACGCAGAACGAUGAUGGAAGCUUCACGAUGGAGAAACACUGUGCCUCUCAGUCUAGUCUUGUAUCCCUGACAGAUACACCAGAUAUAAAAUUGGGUUGUGCUACUGCUGUUGGAGGUCUGGUGAACUAUUGCGUAUGUCAAGGUGAUCUAUGUAAUCAGGAGAGCUUACUGGCACAAGCUCAGGUGUCAGGAGUGCGUAAGCCAGAAUCAGCAGCGAAGCACAAGACUCCUGUAAUAGAGCCGCAUCCAAAAGCUGAAACGCCGAAGUCACAUCAGCCCGCAAUAGACAUGCCUACAGUAUUCCUGGACAACGAUGAGGCUCCUCGGGUGAGCACUGCCACUGCGUCUGUACCA